AUGAUCUCCAGUACAAGACUCGAUGGAGUUGCCCUUGUGGUUGGUGGACGGGGUAUUGGACAGCAGGCAGCUUUCUCCCUACCCGAAGCCGAGGCAGAGGUCAUAUAUGCCCAGAACAGAAAUUACAGGAUAGCAUCUCUCAAGGUCGAUGUGACCAAGCCGGAUCAAGUACAAAGCAUGGUCGACUUUGUGGUUAGGGAAUUUGGCCGAAUUGACUACUGUGUUAAUAGCGCUGGAGUUGAUAAUGAUGUUUACCGUGCCGUUGCAGACACCGAUAUUGACAAUUUUGACACAAUAUAUCGGCGUGGGGCGAUUGUCAACUGUACGUAUGCCAACUCCUUUCCUGGUCUCCCUGGAAAUAUGUGUUACACAGUCUCGAAACACGCUGUGAUGGGCUUGACGAAAAUGGCAGGUAUUCGCUGCAAUGGAGUGUGCCCGACUUGGGUUCGUUCUCCUUUGCUCGAUGAAGAACUGAAGAAGAAUCCUGAAGUUCAGGGUGCCAUAUCGGCGAUCGUACCUGCUAAACGAGCGGCUGAGUGCGAGGAAGUUUCUGAUGCGAUGCUUUCCUAUGCAUCCCGCCUGGUUAAUGACUCGGCUGUAACAACCACUUUCCGGCUGCAUUAG